AUGUCUACAAAGGUUGUUGGGUUUAUUUUAUUUUGUGUAUUGACAUGUGCGAAUUGUCAGGUUACUUUUAACUUUGAUCCUGAAGAAUCUGUUGAGUUUAGAAGUGAUGAGAAUAGGUAAGGUAUUGACGUAGUGGCAUCUUUAGACUACUAAACCCAUACUGCAAGGUUCAGACUUUUGAAAAUGCUUUUCUACUCCUAUAUUAUUAUCUUUUCUUCAUUUUAUUUUUCUUUUUCCUGCCAAUAUCUACUCUGUGUAAUAAAUAUGAAUUUCAGAGUCGUCAAUAUAACCAUAUCGUCUCACAAUGACACUCUCGACCUGCCAAUACUGUUUAAAUGUAGUAAUGCACAAAGCUGUGUUAUCAAAGCGAACAAAGACAAGAUUAUAUUGGAAAGUGCCAAUAAUUUUACGGAAGAGUUAAGCAUUUAUAUCCAUGGUAUCUUCAUUGGGAAUAACAAACUUAUCGUUGUUUUAAAUGACUCUGAGUAAGUCUCGCUGAUUUUGGUGAUGCUUUUAACUUUUCUGUGGUAUUUUACAGUUUUUUAAAGUUUAUGUAUGAAAAUUUAAAAAUAUUUUAAAAAUUUUAUUUUCAAUUUUGAAAUUUUUGGAAUUUUCAAAAGUGACUGUUCCUGUACAAUAAUUUUCUUGCAGAGAAGUUCAACACUUUCAAAUAAGAGUAAAACGCUCGGAAUAUGAAUCCAAAGUGUCAUUGGUAUUUGGUAGUUUUGCUACGGUCUUUGUGGUUACUAUAACUUUUCUCAUUGGUACUCAAAUAGAAUUUAGAAGGAUGAUGACAAUUAUGAAACGACCAGUCGGACCAAUGUGCGGGUUCUUUUGCCAGUUCUUUUUUAUGCCAUUGGUAAGUCAUGUAGUCUAAAGUUAUAUUACUUAUAACAAAAUACGUUUUUUUACGUUUUAUGUUCAUAAUAAGUUUACAUUGAGCUAUUAUUAUUUAAAUUGACAAUUUUAGAUAGGCUUCUCACUGUCGUAUUACCUAAUGGCAGAUGCUGAAAACUCGAUGAAAUUGGCAUUAUUUGCUGUCGCCGUAUCUCCCGGCGGCGGUAAAAGCAGUUUUUGGACGAUUAUUUUUGAUGGAAAUUUGGAUUUGUCAGUCUGCAUGACUUUUAUUGAAACUGUUAGUGCUAUCAGUGAGUUUAUGUUUAAUUACCAUGUUUUAAUGUAUCUGUUUUUACUUUUAACAUUGUCAAAAAAGCUUUGUCGUUCUUUGUAUAAAAGUUAAUGUAGAUUGAUAAAACUUUUGAUAUCGUAAUUUAUGUAAACUCGAUGUUAAAGUAGAUACAUCUACUGCAAAAUACUAUUAUAAUUUAAAAUUGAAUAUAAAAUUUUUGGGUUUUUAGUCAUGACACCAUUGUGGAUGUACACAUUAGGAUCAGUCUUCUUUGACGAGCAUAUUUAUGUGCCAAUUGAGAAAUUUGCUCAAAGUUUGGCUACUGUACUCAUACCUACAAUGCUUGGUACUCUGUUAAUUCAAAUAAGACCUGACCUGGUCGAUAGGAUCAAAGUGCUGAUUAAAGUAAGCUUUUUUAUCAGUAUUAUUGUUUUUUUUUGACUUUUUGGUUGUAGUACUAAUGAUACUAUUAUAACGUGUCGUAGUACUAUGUAAAAUAAUUUUUAAAAGUUGCAAAAAAUGUUAUUUUACAUUACAAAAGAAACCUAAAAAUAAAAUUUUUACAGUACUUUACGUGGUUUUUGGUGAUAGUACUAACAGCAGUAGGUAUAUAUGCAAAUUACUAUAUUUUUGCCUUUAUCACCUGGAGAAUCGUACUAGCGUCCUGUUUAUUACCAUGGACUGGGUAUAUCAUUGCCUUUUUGUUUGCCUUGCUUAUGCAUCAGAAUACUCAAAAUGCGAUUACAAUCGCAAUAGAAACAGGAAUCCAGAAUGUUGGCAUUGCCUUUACUAUAAUGUUCUACACAUUUCCGGAAUUCGAAAGAGACAUAGCCAUGGUGGUGCCUAUCGCCGUGGUAUUGGUUACGGACAAGCCAUUGUUCGUUAUUUGGCUAGUCAAAAAGUUCUUUUUUAAAAAUAAACAGUAA